AUGUCUGUGACUGGUAAGCCUACUCACAGGCUCUCUUUUGAGGAGGUACCAUCGGAGAAUGGCACUCUACCCGAGAUCAAGAAGGGUACUGAUGCCGAUGCUGCCGACAUGACGAGAAUGGGAAAGAAGCAGGUAUUGAGAAGAGAGUUCCGUUUUAUCUCCAUUGUUGGAUUUAUCUGUAUUCUGCAAUCUACUUGGGAGGGCGCUCUUUUAUCCAAUGGUCAAUCACUAUACAAUGGAGGCUUGGCCGGAACUGUAUGGACCUUCAUCGUUACCUGGAUUUUCACACUUUGCAUGAUCGCAUCGAUGGCUGAACUCGCGUCGAUGGCGCCGACUGCUGGCGGUCAGUACCACUGGGUCAGUGAAUUCGCACCUCCAUCGCUUGAGAAGCCACUGUCCUACAUGGUCGGAUGGAGCAGUUGGCUCGGUUGGGUUUCUGGUAUUCCUUCCUGCGCACAAUUCCUCGCCUAUCAGGUCGAAGGCCUUGUUCUUAUCAACAACCCUGAUGCAGACCUUGGAGCACUCUGGCAAGUCGGUCUUCUGCUUUUCGCUUUCUUGUUCGUCACCUUUGGCUUCAACAUCUUCUUGUCGCACAAGCUUCCGCUUGCUGAAGGCAUUAUCCUUGUGCUCCACGUCCUGGCCUUUUUCGCCUACCUCAUCGUUUUCUGGGUCAUGGCUGAUGUCGGCUCGGCUAAGAACGUGUUCACAGAAUUCUCCAAUGGCGGUGGCUGGAGCAGCCAAGGUGUCUCUUGCCUUGUGGGUCUUGUGACUCCCAUCUGGUGUUUCAUUGGCCCUGAUGCUGGUGCUCAUAUGAGCGAAGAGUUGCGCGAUGCUUCUCGAGUCCUGCCCAAGGCUAUGAUGUGGGCGACUGUCAUCAACGGUGCCCUCGGCUGCGUGAUGAUCAUCAGUUUCUGCUUUGCCGCUGGCGACAACCUGGACGGCAUUCUGAACACUGGCACCGGUAUCCCAGUUGUACAGUUGCUUUACAACGUCACCAACUCAAAAGCUGGCACAUCAGUCCUCAUCGUCGUCCUUUUGAUUCUCCAAUACUUCUCCGCCAUCACCACCAUCGCUUCUUCCUCGCGCCAGACCUGGGCUUUUGCCAGAGACCGCGGCUUCCCUUUCAGCGAAUGGCUCAGCCGUGUCGACCCUCGCUGGGAUGUUCCCGUCAACUCUCUGCUGCUCUGUCUUGUUGUCUCCCUCAUCCUCGGCGCCAUCAACUUUGGCUCAGAAACUGCCCUCGAUGCCAUCAUGUCAGUUUCAAACUCAGCCCUGUUGUUCAGUUACAUCAUGUGUAUCGGCUGCGUUCGUCUGAAGCGUUGGCGUGGACAGCCUCUAUUGCCUCGUCGCUUCGAUCUUGGCAGAUGGGGUGCUCCUCUCAAUGACGCCGCUUUGGCUUUCUUGGUUGUGGCUUUCAUCUUCUCUUUCUUCCCUGAAGAUGUCAAUCCUGAUGCUCCGGAUAUGAACUGGGCUAUCGUUAUUUGGGGUGCUAUGUGGGUUUUGGCUGGUGCCUAUUACUACUUUGGCGGCUCCAAGAAGUAUGUCAGCCCUGGCAGUCUUGUUAAGAACAUGUAG